GGGGGCGGAGGCCGGAGCCGGGGGGGGGGACCCGUCCUAACGUUGCCUGGGAGAUCACGCAGCAGCCGUGGCCGCCAUGGCACCCAAAAAGAAAGGUGGAAAAGGGGGGAAAAAGGGCAAAGCCGCAGCAGUGCCGGAAGCUGUGCCCCUAGAAGAGAUGAGCAAGGAGCAGCUGCUGGAGCACACUACACGUCUCAGGAAGGAGCUGGACCGGGAACGGGAAGAGCGCAACUACUUCCAGCUGGAGCGUGACAAGAUCCACACCUUCUGGGAGGUCACCCGACGGCAGCUGGAGGAGAAGAAAGCAGAGCUGCGUAACAAGGACAGGGAGAUGGAGGAGGCAGAGGAGCGGCAUCAAGUAGAGAUCAAGGUUUACAAGCAGAAGGUGAAGCACUUGUUGUAUGAACACCAGGAAAACCUCUCCGAGCUGAAAGUAGAGGGUACCUUGUCCAUGAAACGGGCCCAGAAGGAUCACUGGGCUCAGGAGACAGAGCUGCGCAAAGAGAUGCGUUCCUUGAAAGUGGACCUGAAGGAGCAAGAGCUGGCCAACGAGGUGGUGGUGAAAAACCUGCGCCUGAAACAAGAGGAGGAGAUCACACAGCUAUGCAAUGACUUCGAGAGACAAGUGAAAGAGAUGGAGGCCAGGUACAACAGGAAGAUGCAAGCUCUGCGGGAUCAGCUUGACCUGCGCCGAAAGACUGAGAUCCAUGAAGUCGAGGAGAGGAAAAACAACCAGAUCAGUGAGCUGAUGAAGAACCAUGAGAAAGCCUUCCAUGACUUCAAGAACUACCAUGAAGAUGUCACCUUCCAAAACCUGGCGCUCGUCAGCUUGCUGAAGGAACAGGUGGAGGAGGCGAAGCAGAGAGAAACUCAACUGGAGAAGGAGAAGGCAGAUGCCUUGCUUCAGAACAAGCAACUGAAGGAGACCCUGCAGCAGGCCCAGGAGCUGGUGUUUGAGCUGCAGAAGAAGUUGGCCCACUACGAUAAGGACAAGGAGGCUCUGAUGAACACAAAAGCCCAUCUGAAAAUCAACCAGAAGGAACUGAAAGACCUUCAAUGGGAACAUGAAGUGCUGGAGCAGCGGUUCUCUAAGGUGCAGGCAGAGCGAGAUGAGCUCUACCAGAAGUUCACCAAAGCCAUUCAUGAAGUACAGCAGAAGACUGGGUUCAAGAACCUGCUCCUGGAACGCAAGCUGAAAGGACUCCUCGAUGUCCUGGAGAAAAAGGAAGUGGAGCUCAGCGAGGUCUUUGCAGCCUCCAAACUCGAUCCAGGAGCCCUUUCCUUGGUCUCACAGAAGCUGGAGGAUGUGCUCAAUUCUAAAAACGCCACCAUUGAGGACCUGCAGUACCAGCUGGCCCGAGCCUGCAAGGCACACAACGACAUGCUGCAGACAAUGGAGGCAAAGCUGACAUCCUUUGGGAUCCCGCUGGACAACCUGGGAUUUAAACCCCUGGAGAGCCCAGUGGUGGGGCAGACAGUGGGGCAGGGCCCUGCAGGACUCGUGGCAGUGCCCACGUGACACCACGCAGCACCCACAGCUGCUCCCAGCAAUCGACCCGAAGGAAAGCAAAUAUUUUCAGACUGGU